UUGUGAAACGACCUUGUCGGUUCACCGGAGACCGGAACAGAUGCGGUAACGUUGGUUACCCUGUGAAGGACGGCUGCUAGGUAACGCUAGCUAACAGGUUGUAGCUAACAGGGUCGGAGCAGCCAGGAGAGCACCGUGAGACAGCUGAACGGAUGUUUUUAUAUUCGGACCAAAGGUCAGGUGCCACACCUGCUAAAUGAUUGAAAGACUGCUGUGGGAAGAGACAGCGCUGAAUGUCUAGACACCCGUCGUCCACAUCAAACAAACCCCGCGGCUGCUUCAGAAUAAGGUCCCUGGGUAGAAGCCUGCAGGGGGCUCAACAUGGUGCAGGAGAAGAACGACGGGAUAAACAAAGACAUGGUCCCUCCACCAAUUCAACAGAAUAGACCUGCUUUGUCACUGGAACCAAAGAUCAAGAAGAAGCUGAAGACGGUGCCUCCCAGCCUGGGCAAGUUCAGACCACUUGUUGGCCAAUGCUGCCACCAGUGCACCCCAGAUAGUCAGCGUAAGAAGCUUGGACAAAACUCUUCCCUUGGCUUCCACAACUUGCUGAGUGUCAACGAGACGCACACCAGGUAUCGAGGCUGGCUGGUGCGGAGGGUGUGCUGCGCGCUCUUUGUGAGUGGGUGCAAGGUUUACGCGAGUCCUGUUAGAAACAGACUGGAGAGAGUCUGUCAAAGCAACAGGGUUAAGGAGGUGCUCACAGCAGAGCAUAAAGCACCUCAGGGGGGAGACAGCCGAGGGCAGAUCAACCGCCUCUCACCAUUCCUCCCCCUCAUUAACACCUGCAUCUUCCCUGGCCUCUUGCGAUUUGUGGGCUGGGUGAUGCUGAAGAUGUUUGCUUCCAUGUUUGACAGCAUUCAGAUUAACCUCAACCAUCUACCGGCUUUGCACAGAGCUUCACAAGAGGGGUCUCUGCUGGUUUACGUGUAUGUGCGUCAGAGCAUCGUGGACUGUGCUCUCCUCCCUCUGGUGCUCUUCUGUCACAACCUGAGAGUCCCAUACACUCUCUGUCCCUUCCAGAUUAAUAGCUACUUCCUGAGAUCAAUCCUGCAGAAAGUUGGUGUGGUCCUCCUGCCGCCUUCUGCACUGACUGAGCAGGAUGCUGAGAUGAACAGUCUGUACUCAUCUGUCAUGACCUCCCUGGUACGUGAGCUGCUACAUGAGGACCAGGCGAUAAGUGUUGGUGUGUCAGCGGAGUCUGGCCUAGGGAGCCAGUGGCUGGCUCGCAUCAGACAUCUCAUCAAAGAGGGAUCUGUCCCCGAUGUUAGUCUGGUCCCUGUGGGCAUCUCCUACGACUGUGUGCCCAAGACCAGUAUACAGGUUGGCUUAAGCUCUGUGUUGCAGUGGCUGUGGUCCUUUGUCUGGAGAAGACCAGGAGGAAGUGUCAGGAUCCACCUCGCUCAGCCCUUUUCUCUCAAGGAGAUGUGCGAGUCAGGGAGGUGCAGAGUAGAUGAAUGGCUCCCUCUACAGGACCUGUUGCUGCCUGUUAUCCUCAACAACAGAACUGACAGUGUGUUUGGGCGGAGGAGGAUGUCGUGGCUUCUGCCUUCUUCUCAUUAUGCAUCUGAACUCAAAGAGGGACCUCCUCCAGAGAGAGACCUCAGCAUCGCCAUCACCCUCCACCUCAUCUUCUCUGCAACCUCCUGCAUGGCUGUGAUGUCCACCAGCCUAGUGUCCAGUCUUUUUCUGUACAGACACCGCAAGGGCGUGAGUGCGUCUCUCCUGUGUCAUGAUGUGGCCUGGCUCACAGAGGAAGUCUUGUUCAGGAACAGAGACGUCGGUUUUGGGGGAAGUUUAGCGGAUGUGGUCCACUAUUCCCUUUCUCUGCUCGCCCCUCAUCUCGUCAUAGCUGCAGCACCGUCUGGGAAAGACCCUUUUAUUGUGCCCCGUCCUUCCCUUGCUGCCACACUUCACCUCGCCCUCCAGGCCCAGAUUGUGACACACACCUUCAUUUUGGAAGUGGUUGGUGCAUGCGCGGUGUCUGCCAUGCUGUGCGAGGUGGCCGGCAGUGGCGUCAGCAGCAGGGUGAGGAGCAGCGGCGUGGACGGGGAGGAGGUGAAAGGUGACAUGGAGUUUGAUGUGGUGCUCUGCGAGUCCGAGCUGACUGAGAGAGCCCUUCAGCUCUGCCAUCUCCUGCCUCCAGGCUUCAUGCCACCCUGUCAGUCACCCCAGAGUUUCGCUCUGGAUGCAGUUGACAGUCUGGUCCGCUGUGGCAUCCUAAUCAUGGAAGAAGUUGCCAGAGACGUUCCCAUCUGUGAUUUCUGGAAGAAAGAAGGUGUUCUGACCUGGACCACCUCUGAUGAUCCUUAUCACAGUGACUCUGACUGUGAGGAGCAGGAUCUGCGUUCCUACAAGAUAAGCCAACCAAGUCAGUGUCCAGAGAUGCUCUUCUUCCUCUGCAGUAUGCUAGCUGGACCUCUGAGGACACUGUGCUGGACGACCACCGGACUGGACCUUCUGCACUCAUCACUGCCAGAAGCAGAGUUUGUGGCUCAGCUACACUCCCAUCUGUGUGACACAGCACAUAAGAAGAAACAGCACUAUGAAAGCUGCUCAGAGGAGGCUGCACACACUGCAGUUAGAACACUAAUAGACCUGGGGGUCCUUUCGGAGGAGCAUCAGAAAGGAGGCGUCUUCCUGGGUGUCAGUCCUUUGUUCCAGUUGUCAGAAAACAGGCAGAAACUGCACCGCUUCAUCUCACAGUACCUCUACAAUUAAUGUGUUUAACUGAGCAGCACGACUCGAGGCUGUGACUCGGCUUUGUUUUGUUGCAGUCUGACCUCAUCCCUCUGUUAGUGUCACACAAGCUUGUGUUCAGUGUUUAAAAAAAAAAAGAUGCAUGCUGAGCCGGGACGCUCGUGCCUUUAGGUUAAUUGCAUUUUGAUUUUUCGGUGAUGAGGCAUUGAUUUUUAAGUUUAUCUUUAGUAAUAGCAUUAGCAUAAAGCCACAGGAGACGAGGAUUAUGAAGUCCCUGUAAUCAGUUGUGAGGACUCGCUGCGCCUCGUGUUUCGACCAUGUUUACGUUGUGAUGAAGGCCGCAGAUGUUUUGUUUGUAACGUGAUCAUUAAGCCGAGCUCUGCUUUGUUCUAGUUUCUCACAAGUCAAUCAGUGAAAGUGUAAAUGUUAAUUCCGACAAUAAACAAAUGUGCUUACUUCAUCAUUAA